AUGGCGACGUAUGACUACAAAGAAGCCUCGGCAAUAGCUCGUAAGAGGAGGGCCGCCAAUAUCGCUGCCUUCUAUAAGACUCCAGGAUGGAACGAAGCAGACUUGCCUAAAAAUCUGACCGAGUAUGCCCUCCAAUCUGAUUACUACACCGAUGAAGAGCGUCAGAUAAUCCAAUCAGAAGCCGACGUCAUCCUCGACAAGAUCAAAACCAAGCAAUGGACCGCACUGGAAGUUGCCAAAGCCUUCUGCAAGGCAUCCGCUUUGGCUCAAGAGUUGACCAACUGCUUGACUGAAGUGCUCUAUGCAGAAGCGAUCGAAAGAGCAAAAUAUCUUGAUGACUACCUUGAGCGCACAGGGAAGACACUUGGCCCUCUCCACGGACUACCGAUCUCGCUCAAGGACUGUUUCGUGACAGCACCACAUCCUUCCAGCAAUGGAAUGGCAAUUUUCGCGAACGAGCCUCUUGAGAAGGAUGCGUUGCUGGUCACCAUCCUGCGUGAUCUGGGUGCCGUCUUCUAUGUCAAGACAAACGUCCCUGUUGCCAUGAUGAUGGCUGAGACAAACAACAAUAUUUGGGGAGAAACUCGGAACCCUCUUCACAAAUACCUUACACCUGGAGGAUCUAGUGGUGGUGAAGGAGCUCUGAUUGCUCUCAAAGCCUCGCCCCUAGGGAUAGGCACAGACAUCGGCGGUAGUAUCCGUAUUCCUGCCGCAUGGUGCAACCUGUACGGUUUGAAACCCAGCUUUGGUCGCUAUCCGCAUUAUGGAGCCAAGCCGGGUAUAGCUGGGCAGGAAUAUAUCCUGUCAGUCAACGGGCCGAUGGCGAGAUCUUUGAAAACGCUGCAGCUAUACUCUGAAGCCCUUUUAUCCGAGGACGUGAGACCUUGGGAGUAUGACCACAAAGUCGUUCCGAUCCCAUGGAGAAAAAAUGUCAUUCAACCACCAGGGCGUAAACUUCGCUUCGGUCUGAUUGGUGCCCAUGAUGGUCUUGUUCAUGUCCACCCACCCGUGGAGAGGGCUUUGAAGAUGACCCAGGCUGCGCUUGAAAAGCAGGGCCAUGAAGUCAUUCCUUGGUCCACCGAAGACCAUGAAGCAAUUGUAAAGAAUCUCCAAGCAGCCUUUUUCGACCUUGGUGGUGCUGCAAUCAUGGACCUCAUCAAGCCCUGGGGCGAGCCGGUCUUCCCAAGCAUGGAAGGAUAUGCACUCGCGGCUGCCGCAGGAGAAGGCGAACUUGGACCGACGAAGAUGCGAAUGAUGAAUCUCCGGCGGAAUGAACUGCAGAAAGCCUACCUUGACCGCUGGAAUGCGACUGCCACGGACGAAAAACCACGAUUGGAUGGACUGAUCUGUGCCGCGUCCCCAUGGGCAGCUCCUCGACUCGGUCAAACCCAAAAGCAGAGUUUAUAUGUUGGCUAUACAGGCUUCAUCAACUUCCUGGACUUUGGCGCCUGCACCUUUCCGGUAACCUUUGCGGACAAAGAGCUUGACAGGGCAAGAGAUAUGAACACCUUCAGGCCAUUGAGCGACAUCGACGGUAGAAUCCAACAGGACUACGAUGCUGAAUUCUAUCAUGGAGCCCCAGUGGCGUUACAGAUUGUUGGCAGACGACUCGAGGAAGAGAAGAUCCUCGAAAUGUGCGAGGUUAUCGACCACUGUUUGAAGGUGGCCUAA